AUGUCUGGCAAAGGCGGAAAAUCUGGAAAGACCGGUGGCAAGGCUUCUGGUGACGGUUCUAGCAAGUCCCAGUCGCGUUCUGCCAAGGCGGGUCUUCAGUUCCCGGUUGGUCGUGUCCACAGACUGCUUAAGAAGGGCAACUAUGCUCAGCGUGUCGGUGCUGGUGCUCCUGUCUACCUUGCAGCUGUCCUCGAGUAUCUCGCCGCUGAGAUUCUCGAACUCGCUGGUAACGCAGCCCGUGACAACAAGAAACAACGUAUUGUUCCUCGUCACCUUCAACUCGCUAUCAGAAACGACGAAGAGUUAAAUAAACUGCUCGGUGACGUUGUCAUCUCGCAGGGUGGUGUCGUUCCCCAUAUCGAAUCUCAACUCUUGCCAAGCAAGUCAAAGGGCAAGAAGGAGGACGGUAUUUCACAGGAAGUUUAG